AUGUCGGCCAAAAAAGUGAAGUCCAAGUCAUGUCACUCUUGUAAUAAAGAGAAGAUUCUGUUGUCUUUCAAAGAAGACCAAUACAAUCAACGUUUGGCUUAUAUUAAACAACAAAUUCUGUCCAAAUUAGGGAUGAACAUGCAAUUUUUAGAGGCCUCGUCGUUAGUGCAGUCCUCUGUUCCGUUGCCCGAAACGGCACCAAAGGUCGAGCCCUUAGAAUCGGAUAAAAUAUUUAUUUUCCCAACUGUUAAGCGACUAAAUAUUCCUCAGUUUAAUAUAUCUAUCGCUAAAAGCCUGGAGUUUUCGGUCGGACUUAACUCUAUUAAAAAGAUAACUCUAUUUGUAAAGCAAUUGCCAUCACUUCUAACUGUUAAUAUCGACGACAAUAGUGUUGAGAGCGAACUCACUGUUAUAUCGACAGCAGUUCCCGUUAAUGGAGUGUUAACUCGAUAUCAAGACAUCAGUAAUAUGAGAGUUCUUGGGAUCGUUAGCCCGCAGACGGUGGCAGACAAACAAUCGCUUCCCAAUUGGAUUCAAUACGAUUUAACCGAUCUUUUGAAACCAGAAAUCAUUAAAACAAAUAAAUUGGUCUCAUUUGACAGCGAGAGCUAUGAUAUGAAAGAUUCGUUUAUUACGGUUGAACACAACUAUAAUAAUCGAGAGCUAUGA